UGAAAAAGUAGGCAGGGCGAGCGUUAAUGAUCCCCGCAUGCAUCAUCACGUCCGCGCCCAGUGCGCGCAGCAUGUCAGGUCUUAGCAGAGAGUGUGUGUGGGUGCGUGUGGGAGGUAGGAAGCUGUGGGGCUGGCGGAGAGCGCUGCCGCCACUGCGAGCGUCACACUGCUGAAUGGGAAUCUUCCCGGCAACUUCAGCCGACCGCCGUCUCACACGCGCGCCCCGCGUAAACCCAAGCGGCGCGUCUCCAAGUCCGGCUCGGGCCGACCCACGCUCGGAUCGGACGCACCGUUCGCCCUCCGCGCUCGUUACCGACUCCACCGCAACAACAUGCCCGCCAUCAAGAAGGAGCGCCCGGACGGGGACGACAUGGCUCUGGCCGCCUUCAAGCCGUCCGAAUACUUGGCCCCUUUAAACGCCGCCGCCAUCCCCGUGGUGACCCCGCACCCGCCGCCUUACGAGCACAUCCUGGCCCACCACCGCGCCUACUUGGGGCUCCACGACUCAGCGCUGCAUCACCAGCACCUCCAGCACCCCACGGACGACUUGAUGCUGGAGAGGUUCUCCUCCAUACCGGACUUCCAGCCUUUCUUUGACAACGGGGAGCCGUGUAUCGAGGUGGAAUGCGGGGAAAACAAAGCGUUGCUUUAUAUUAACAAACUGUGUCAAGGCAGCAAAGGACCCUCGAUUAAAUACCGGGGCGAGUGGCUCACUCCCAACGAGUUCCAGUUUGUUAGUGGCAGGGAGACCGCCAAAGACUGGAAACGGAGUAUUAGACACAAAGGGAAAAGUCUCAAGACGCUCAUGUCCAAGGGAAUCUUACAGGUGCAUCCUCCCAUCUGCGACUGUCCCGGUUGUCGGAUUUCAUCACCAGUGAACCGUGGUCGCCUGGCUGAGAAGCGCACCAUCCCGCUGCCCCCCAACCGAGUGCCCAAGAAGGAGCUGGCCUCCAUCUUCAGCAGUGACGACAGUGAAGGUAGCGAGCGUGCCAGCGGGGAGCAUAGCCACAUCAAGCAGGAGGACGAGCUGCAUUACAGUAUAGUCAGAAAGAGUCGUGACAGUGACCUCUCUACAAUCAUCUCCAACCUGCACCACAGCAGACAGCAUGGCGUGUCUGAGGGUCAGUCUGCUUCCGACCACAACGCCAGUGCAGGACACACAG